CUUGAGCAGGGGCGGCAUGCGGCAGUAAAUUAUGUCACCCCGUGUAAGAAGAGCUGCUGCCUCCCUUGUUUCUCUAUUGUCAGAGCGAAGCAGAGAGAGAUAGAGAGGACAGCACCGGGGCUGUGCGGGUAAGCACCGAUAGCGGACCAACUAGUGUCAAAAAUAGAAUCGAGGGAAGAGAAAGGUCCUGUGCGGGGUGGCGGGAAAGAAGCGCACCCAGACAUGGGCAAGAAGGAUGAGAUAGCCGUGGCCAAAGCCAAGAUUGAGCAAAACGGAGACAUUGGUGAGGAUAAAGAUGAAGGGAAGAAGGGGGAAAAGGAGAAAGAGCCAAAGAUGCCGAUGAUUGGCGCCAUAGCUCUGUUCAGGUUUGCUGAUGGUUGGGACAGGUUGAUGAUGGUGCUGGGGACCAUCAUGGCCAUUGUCAAUGGAACUGUCCUUCCUCUCAUGUGUAUCGUCUUUGGGGACAUGACUGACGGCUUCAUAAGAGACUCCAUACAGACACAGAAUAACUUCACCAACAUCACUUUCCCUGUUUUCAACACCACUCUGGGAGAGGAGAUGACUGGCCAUGCUAUCUACUACUCUAUAAUGGGUGCGGUGGUGUUGGUAGCAGCUUACAUGCAGGUGGCCUUCUGGACACUGGCGGCAGGCAGGCAGGUCAAGCGCCUCAGGAAGCUCUUCUUCCACUGCAUCAUGCAGCAGGAGAUCGGCUGGUUCGACGUCAACGAGACGGGAGAACUCAACACACGCCUAACAGAUGACAUCUAUAAGAUCAACGAGGGGAUAGGGGACAAGGUGGGCAUGUUGAUCCAGUCCUUCACCACCUUCAUCGCUGCCUUCAUCAUCGGCUUCAGCCAAGGAUGGAAGCUCACCCUGGUCAUCCUGGCUGUCAGCCCUGUGCUGGGCUUCUCUGCUUUUAUAUUCAGCAAGGUACUGACAUCCUUCACGUCCCUGGAGCAGGGUGCUUAUGCUAAAGCUGGAGCCGUGGCUGAGGAGGUGAUCUCUUCUGUCAGAACAGUCUUCGCCUUUGGUGGACAACAGAAGGAGAUAACCAGGUACCAGAAGAACCUGGAGGAUGCUAUGAACAUGGGGAUCCGUAAAGCCAUCUCUGCUAACAUGGCUAUGGGCUUCACCUUCCUGAUGAUCUACCUGUCCUACGCUCUGUCCUUCUGGUAUGGCAGCACACUCAUCAUAUCUGGAGAAUACACCAUUGGAACUGUCCUCACCGUGUUCUUCACAGUGCUGAUCGGGGCAUUUGCCAUGGGACAGACUUCUCCUAAUGUCCAGGCCUUCGCCAGUGCCCGGGGGGCGGCACACAAAGUCUACAACAUCAUCGACAAUAAACCCCACAUCAACAGCUACUCAGACCACGGCCACAAGCCUGAUGUCAUCAAAGGAAACAUAGAGUUUAACAACAUCCAUUUCACCUACCCCUCACGACCUGACGUCAAAGUGUUGAAUGGAAUGUCUCUAACGGUGCGUAGUGGCCAGACCAUAGCCCUGGUAGGCAGUAGCGGCUGUGGGAAAAGCACCACCGUUCAGCUGCUGCAGAGGUUCUAUGAUCCACAAGAGGGAUCAGUGUAUGUAGACGGUCAUGACGUGCGCUCCCUGAACGUGCGCUUCCUGAGAGAGAUGAUUGGCGUGGUCAGUCAGGAGCCCAUCCUGUUUGCUACCACCAUCGCUGAGAACAUUCGCUACGGUCGACCUGACGUCACUCAUCAGGAGAUAGAACAGGCUGCCCGGGAGGCCAACGCCUACGACUUCAUCAUGACACUACCUGACAAAUUUGAGACUCUGGUUGGAGACAGAGGGACCCAGAUGAGUGGAGGACAGAAACAGAGGAUCGCUAUCGCACGUGCUCUCGUACGCAACCCCAAGAUCCUCUUGUUGGAUGAGGCUACCUCAGCCCUUGACGCCGAAAGUGAGACCAUCGUACAGGCUGCUUUGGACAAGGUGAGACAGGGUCGUACUACCAUCAUUGUGGCCCAUCGUCUGUCUACUAUCCGUAAUGCUGAUGUCAUCGCCGGCUUCCAGAAGGGAGAGAUUGUAGAGCUGGGAACACACAGCCAACUGAUGGAAAAAGAAGGAGUCUACCACACACUUGUCACCAUGCAGACGUUUAAGAGUUCUGAGGAGGGCGAAGAGGAGGUGGAGGAGCAGGUUCUGGAGGAGAAGAGUGCGUCAGUGACGCCGUUCUCAGAGACCACCCUCAUCAGGAGGAAGUCUACCAAGGGAUCAUCCUUCAUCGGCUCAGAGAAAGGAGACAAGGACAAGACCGAGAAGGAGGAAGAGGAUGAGGAGGUUCCUCCUGUGUCGUUUCUGAAGGUGUUGAAGCUGAACCUUCCUGAGUGGCCCUAUAUGGUGGUUGGUGUGAUCUGUGCCACUAUCAACGGAGGCAUGCAGCCUCUCUUCGCUGUCAUCUUCUCUAAAAUCAUCGCUGUGUUUGCAGAGCAAGACCAAGAACUGGUUAGACAACGCUCCUCCUUCUACUCUAUCAUGUUCGCCGUCAUUGGAGUCGUCUCCUUCAUAACCAUGUUCCUACAGGGAUUCUGUUUUGGGAAGGCUGGUGAGAUUCUGACCAUGAAGCUGAGACUGAUGGCCUUUAAAGCUAUGAUGAGACAGGAGUUGGGCUGGUAUGACAGUCACAAGAACAGUGUUGGAGCUCUCACCACUAGACUGGCUACAGACGCAGCACAAGUACAGGGGGCUACAGGAGUGCGUUUGGCCACUCUGGCCCAGAACGUGGCUAACCUGGGCACCAGUCUGAUCAUCUCGUUUGUGUACGGCUGGCAGCUGACUCUUCUCAUCCUGUGUGUGGUACCUGUCAUGGCUGUAGCUGGAGGCAUACAGAUGAAGAUGCUCUCUGGUCACGCUGUCAAAGACAAGAAAGAGCUAGAACAGGCUGGCAAGAUUGCCACAGAAGCCAUAGAGAACAUCCGUACGGUGGCGUCUCUCACCAGAGAGCAGAAGUUUGAGUCUCUGUACCAGGAGAACCUCAUAGUGCCUUACAAGAACUCUCAGAAGAAGGCCCAUGUGUAUGGCAUCACAUUCUCCUUCUCUCAGGCUAUGAUCUACUUUGCCUAUGCAGGCUGCUUCCGCUUCGGAGCCUGGCUCAUAGAGGAAGGCAUUAUGACCUUCGAAAAUGUCUUCCUGGUGAUCUCUGCAGUGCUGUACGGAGCCAUGGCAGUAGGAGAGGCCAACUCCUUUACGCCUAACUAUGCCAAGGCCAAGAUAUCAGCAUCUCACCUUAUGUUCCUCAUCAACAGAGAACCUGCCAUAGACAACUGCUCACAGGAGGGAGAAACACCGGACCACUUUGAUGGUAACGUGCGUUUCGAGGGGGUGACGUUCAACUACCCGUCCCGUCCAGACCUUGCUGUCCUGCAGGGGCUGGAGCUGAAGGUGCAGAAGGGACAGACUCUAGCCCUGGUGGGCAGCAGUGGCUGUGGGAAGAGUACCACCAUACAAUUACUGGAGCGAUUCUACGACCCACUACAGGGCACAGUGAUGUUGGAUGACAGUGAUGCUAAGAAGCUUAACAUCCAUUGGCUGAGGGCCCAGAUGGGCAUCGUAUCCCAGGAGCCCGUGCUGUUUGACUGUAGUCUGGCAGAGAACAUUGCCUACGGAGACAACACACGCAAAGUUACCAUGGAGGAGAUCCAGAGUGCUGCUAAAGCUGCCAACAUACACAGCUUCAUAGACGACCUGCCUCAGAAGUAUGACACCCAAGCCGGUGACAAGGGGACCCAGUUGUCAGGAGGUCAGAAGCAGCGUAUAGCCAUCGCCAGAGCCAUCCUCCGCAACCCCAAAGUCCUGCUGCUGGACGAGGCCACCUCCGCACUGGACACAGAGAGCGAGAGGGUGGUGCAGGAGGCACUGGACGUGGCUCGGCAGGGCAGGACGUGUAUCGUGGUGGCCCACCGCCUGUCCACCAUCCAGAACGCUGACCUGAUCGCUGUCUUCCAGAAGGGUGUGGUGGUGGAGCAGGGCACUCAUCAACAACUACUGUCCCAGAGAGGAGUAUACUACUCACUGGUUACCACCCAGCUGGGCCAUGGCAGAAAAUGAGGGAGGAGAGGAAGAGAGGAGGAUGGAGAGAGGAAGAGAAAAGUGGAAGAGAGGAGGAUGGAGAGCGGAAGAGAGGAAGAGAGGAGUAUACAACUCACUGGUUACCACACAGCUGGGCCAUGACAGUGAGGGAGGAGAGGAUGGAGAGAGGAAGAGAGGAGUGGAAAAGGGAGGGAGAGGCUGAGGCUGCAGGGGGGUGCUGGGGCCGG